CCCUCGGACGCGGCCAAGCCCAGGGAAGGGCGCCGGGCUGGCAUUACCAUCUCCAUUACACCUGCGCCGCCCGAAGGGACAGCAGAGCGAGCUGACAUCUAGCCAUGGCCAAAGACUUAAAGAGCCUGGUGGGCGCGGGAAGCGCCCGGGAGCUGCAGGAGAAGCUGGAGAGCUGGGAGCAGAACUACGAGGGGAAUUCUGCCGGCGAAAAUCUAAGCCAAGGCUGCGAAAUAUUAGAACUGAACAACGCAAUUCAAAAGCAGCUCUUCUCAAUUCUCAACGAAACAUCUCAAGGAGAUGCAAGUGCAGCAAAAUUAAAAAGCUGUCUCCUGCCAAGUAUAUGCUGUACUGCUUCAGGAAGUGACAACCUUACUCAGGAUUCAGCUGAAGGAGAACUACAGCUGAGAGAUUUGGCCUGCAAACCGAGAUGCGAACUGCGAGAACUGGAAGACAAACUAAGUGAAACUCGUGUGCAAAUCAACCAAAUGGAGCGAGAUCUGAAGGCUUCCCGGUGCAACUUAAAGAGGUUACAAGAACUGGAUGAGUACGAGCAGAAGAUUGAGAACUUGCGCGAUGAGAUUGCUAUGCUGGAUUGCAAAAAGUCUGUCCUGUAUCUCUCCUCCACCAUGCUCUAUGAGGGCCUGCUCUCCUGCACCGUGCCCUAUGAGGCCCUGUAUUUCUCCUCCACCGUGUCCUAUGAGGGCUUGCUCUCCAUGCCUUCCGAGGGCUUGCUCUCCAUGCCCUGUGAGGGCCUGCUCUCCAUGCGUUCCAAGGGCCUGCUCUCCAUGCGUUCCAAGGGCCUGCUCUCCAUGCGUACCAUGCCGUCCAAGGGCCUGCUCUCCAUGCCUUCCGAGAGCCUGCUCUCCAUGCUUUCCAAGGGCCUGCUCUCCAUGCGUACCAUGCCGUCCGAGGGCCUGCUCUCCAUGCAUUCCAUGCCGUCCGAGGGCCUGCUCUCCAUGCAUUCCAUGCCGUCCGAGGGCCUGCUCUCCAUGCAUUCCAUGCCGUCCGAGGGCCUGCUCUCCAUGCUUUCCAUGCCGUCCGAGGGCCUGCUCUCCAUGCCUGCCAUGCCGUCCGAGGGCCUGCUCUCCAUGCCUGCCAUGCCGUCCGAGGGCCUGUGUCAGGCCCUGCAAGCCCUGUGUCAGGCCCUGUGUCUCUCCUCUGCCAUGCCGUUUGAGGCCCUGUGUGAAGCCCUGCGGGCCCUGCGGGCCCUGCGGGCCCUGUGGACCCUGCGGACCCUGUGGACCCUGUGGACCCUGCGGACCCUGCGGACCCUGCGGGCCCUGCGGGCCCUGCGGGCCCUGCGGGCCUUGCGGACCCUGCGGACCCUGCGGGCCCUGCGGACCCUGCGGACCCUGCGGGCCCUGCGGGCCCUGCGGGCCUUGCGGGCCUUGUGGACCCUGUGGCCCUGUGUCCGUCCUUCCAAGUGCCGUGCCCUUUGCGCAAGGCCCUGUACACCUCCCCGGGUCAGGCGGAGCAGCGCAUCAUACCGCGCCUGCCUCAUAGCUCGCUAUAACUUCAUUUAUGCUAAAGAGCGCUUGGAGGCAGAGUGCAUUUUGAAGCGAUACGUCUGCAACUUGGAGACGGUGCAGAGGAUAAUAUACAUUGCAGUUGUGGAAUCUUUCCGUGCGGCAAAGAUGGCCUUCUGGAAGGUCAAAAUAAAUGUAAAAGACACUAUGGGUAUAUGUUUCAGAGGGGGACCUACAUCACUUGAAGUUGCUGUCCUGGAUUAUAUAGCUUGCCACAAGGAUCUGUAUGAUGUUUGUUGCAGUGUCCAUGAAGUAGUUUGCUCCAUGAACAGGAACCCAAAGCUUCCAUGUCCAGGAGAACUGGAUUUCGUUGUGAUCAGCGCUUUGAUUCGAGAGUUGUGCUGUUUGGCUUAUUCAAUGCAGACACUCAUUCCUCCUCUUGAUAUUGUCUAUGGUGUGGAUGGAGAAUGCUUCAACAGGAACAUGUACUUCCGUAGCUUUGACUCAGAUUUCGCAGCUCCCUUUGUGGCCUAUCACGUCUGGCCUCCUCUGAUAGAAGAUGGUACUGUAAUUGUGAAGGGAGAAGUAGUCACUAAAAAAAUGGUUAUGUGUCCUCGCAGAUGCAGAAUUAGAAGUAGAAGCUGCAGCUGUGGCCGUCCUCUGCUGUGUGGUCAAGUGCCUCGAAGCCGUAGUCUUUCAACAGUGAGGGUCAGAAGGCGCUGCUAACUGGACAUCUUCCUGCAAUGCAACACAACUGGAUUCAACAACUUUGCUGGUGCAGUUUCUCUUCGGAAAUACCUCAAAUCUCUCAAUGAAUGGUUGUCACUCCAAAUGGAGUUUGUGUUCAG